GUGUAAAUAUACCUGAUUAAUUAAUUUUGAGAAGUCAGUGGGUUGUCUGCACUAAGAAAUAACGCUGAUAUGAGAGAAAUUGAUGAUUCUAUUAACAAACCUCCAAAAUUUAAUUACGGUCUAUAUGGGACAUGUUGUUCAGCUCAAGGCUAUGGAACUCUUUGCUUUAUUUGUCUUAUGCCAAUAUGUGCAAUUGAAGAAAUAGUCAAAGACACAACUAGAAUUAGGCGUCCCUUUUCGUACCUAUUUGCUUUCGUCAUGACAGUAUUUUCAUGUUGUUGCUGGGGUCCCAUAUUAGGGUGUUCCCGAAAAUUGUUUCGACGAAGACGUGGGAUACGGGGAUCAAUAUGUUUGGACUGUUGCAUAGCAUGUAUCUUACCUUGCUGUACAAUAACUCAGAUGCUACGUGACCUCAGAGAAAAUCAGCUUGAUCAUCCAGACAAUUCUGAAUCAGGUUCAGUUGAGGAAGAUGAAAAUUGAUAAUAAUAUCUAGUACAUAUGGACUGGUUAUAGAUAAUAAUAAAACAGUGCAUAUACAAAUAUGAUUGAAUGAUAGAAAAUAUCUAUAAUAAAUGAUCACUAUCUGGGUUUUAUAAAAUAUCGCG